GACUGGCUCUUAUUUCACAGCAGUCGCUUGAACGGAAUAAUGAAAUUGUACUGGGCUACUAGCUAUUUUUAGGCCUGUUUUUCCUCUUGACCCCCCCCCCCCCCAUCCGGUACCCCUGCGUGCACCACCCCUCCACCAAAUGCCCAGACCACUCCCCUGUCUUUUUCCGGAUUUUACACACAGGUACGCACACAAGGACCUCCAUUAUAUUAGCAUAUUAUGAAUUAAACAUGAUCUUUUAGCGAUUGGUGCCAGAGGUGCGCGAUGUUCACGACUCCUUCUCCUUGGUUCUGACUUUGGCACAGGGGCUAUUGGCAACAUGGUUCUUGUUAUGUGAUGGGACUAACAGCAGCAAAGGAGUCUCUUGCGGAUUUUCAAGAUUCAAUUUACGUUGCCUGUUCUACCAUCAGCCCGGCAGCCAGUAGUGGCCCUAGAAGGAAGCCAGCAUUGACCAUAUAUGGCAGCUUGUAGUGACCAUAUAGGAGGCUGCUUGAUGUUAACCCCUACUUAUCAGAUCCAAGAGUCGGCUUCCAACCAGGCCCACACUGGAAAAUCCAUGGCAGGGUAUGCCUUCAAAAAUAAGUGCCUUCAUCUUGAAAGAAAAGAACAAAACAAAACAGUCACCUUGAAAUUCUGUGUUCCUCUUCUAACCUCCUGUAAUGGUGUCUUGGUUGCAGAGGUCUAUUACGAGUGAAAACGAUCAUCAGGAGCAUGCAGGAAAAAAUAUCAGUAUCUGUGCCAUUUAAGAAAGUUUAUAUUAUGCUAUUUGAAAUGAAUUUGUAACCAUUUUAAGUUAAACAAAUUGAUCUGUAUCAGUACUUGAAAGUUUUGAGUUACCGGUAAGCUGAACAAAGAUGUUCAGUCAUUGCUAUAUAUAUUUAUAUUUUUGAAACCUCGAAUGCUGAGUACUAUAUUGAGUUUGCUAUUUUUAAAUUUGUGAUGAUCUGGAAAGAUGUCCUUGCCAUCGGGAAGAUCCAAUGUCUGUAGCACUUGUGGCAAGUGCUUCAAGCGCCUUGCAGCCUUAGAGAACCAUGAAAGAUUGGCACAUCCGAAGGAUGAGAGCCUCAUCAAAGCUAAGUGUCAAGAGAGGAUGGUACCUAUGAAGAAAGCAAAUGCGAAAAAUCCUAAAAAGAAGAUCCUCAAGAAGAAAGAAUAUCUCUCCGGAAAGGGGACCCUUUGUAGCCGUGAUCUUCUGCCUCUACAAGGACAUGAGAGCCAGAGUAGUAUCCUGGUUCAACAGGGCUUACCCGGAGGAGUUAGUUUAGCCACAACCAAAGCAGUCAUCGGGACAUUGUCACAGCGAGGAAUAGAAAGGCCCAGUUUUCAAACAGGGUUGAAAAUACCUCAAAGUAAUUCCAACGGUAUUAAUCAUCACACUCCACUUCCAGAGAAAUCAACUAGUAGCAACAAUCGACUGAGUCAUCAAGCAAGGCUUCCGAAGUAUCUGAAUAUCACUCAGAAUGUCACUCAUGGAACAUACAGCUGCGCUGAUUGCACAGUCUGUGUUGAUAGCAUAGAUUGCCUGUUCGGCCAUGACUGCAGUGUACCAAGCAGCAGAGAUUCAUCAGAAACCUCUUGUAAAGAAUGCGGGUCUGACACAGUCUGUUCUUGCAGCAAGCGUGAGUUUCAACUUGUAGUUAGAGAAAAAGAUCCAUGUUGUAACCUAUGUGGGAGGGUAUUCUUUAAUGAGUUGGCCAAGAAGCAACAUGCAUGUGCAGGUAUUGAGAAUACUAAAUGUAAGAAUAAUUUCCCCAGUGUUAUUGCCAAGGAACAUCAUGACGGUCUUCAAAGUGCUUCAAGGGAGUUGUCAAACCCUGCAGGGGAACAGUUUGGUCAACAUUUGAACCAUGAACCCAGCUUAGAUCAGUCUAAGAAACUCCAUGCAGUGAAAAGUGAAGUCAAGCUUCCAAAUGACAGUGUCAGGUGCCCGUAUUGUAAAAAACUCUUCCGGAAUGAUCUUUACCUCAAUGACCACAUGCUCUCUCACAGUGAGCUCCAGAAGUUUGAUUGUUUCUAUUGUCGCCAGCUCUUCCCAACAGGUGCCGCUCUGAAAACACACAUAGAGGCCUUUCACAGCCAACACUCGCAGGAGACAUUACAAGGACAAGAAGCUGCUGGCGUUAUAUUUACAGACACUGGACCGAGAUGGAAGUGUUCCUUAUGCCCCAAAGUAUUUUCCUGUAAGAGUAACAGACGGAGACAUCAAAUGUGGCAUUUCGGCAUCAGACCCCAUUCUUGUGAAUUUUGUGGGGCUGCAUUUCGCCAGCGUUGGCAGCUCCAAGCCCAUAUGAAGACAAAGCGAUGCCAGGCUAACAGAGCAAAGACUAAAGUUGUACUUCCACGACUCACCAACGCUACUACUAAUCAUUCUCAAACUUCUGAUCAUAAUAAACAAAAGGUUUUCUAUGACGAGACUGAAGAAGGAGAGGUACAUGUAACAGGUAAUGUAAUCACAGAAUCUGUUUCUACGAGAAUCUCCAGUGGUCAAUCCCAGGUAAGCCCUACACCUGCAAGUCAGGCUCCACUUCAAGAGCUUGCUGCUAUUCCUACUUCAAGUCUUUCAUCAUCCAUUUCGCACAAUCCUGUGACUACCAAGUGCCUUGAUCAACCUGUGUUAGCAAACUUUCCCGAAGAUGGACCGUUAGACCUGACAAGACUACCAAGCUUAGAUCCAGAGCUAGGAGAAACCAAGUUGUUUAUUUGCCAAGAAUGUGGGAAAACCUGCAAGAGCAAUCGAAACCUCAUGAUUCACAGUCGUAUCCAUACAGGGGAGAGACCAUACUCUUGCAGUAUGUGCAGCUUGACUUUUCGGCAGUCCCAUCACAGGAAGGCUCACAUGCUCUCCCGACACGGAGUGUAUCAUCCAAUCCAGAAAUCAACCAGGAAGAAAGAGAUUGUGGUCAUGACAGAGGAAGGAAUGAGAUACAAGUGUCAUUACUGCAGCAAAGAACUGAUGUCAAGGUCUGGAAGGCGCAAACAUGAGAGAUGGCAUCUUGGAUUGAGACCCCACAAGUGCAACAACUGCGGGAAUACAUUCAAGCAACUGCAGCAUCUCAAGAAGCAUCAGAUGUCAUCAAAGUGUAGGGUAGUGCAGAUGAAGUUGAUAGAAAGCAAAGAUAAGAAAGCCGAUGUUAACAGCAAUGAUAGGAUUGGUCCUCUAACCUCUUGGCAUAUGAUGCAGGUUUUGGCAGAAAAUCAUCGCAAGAAGAAGGCUCUGGCUCCUAGUGAUGAACCUACCUUAUCCUCAGAAAGUGAAGCACUCCAGAUAAUGGAUGUUCCAAGUGCUGUAGGGCUUAUUAGCACGGAACAGUUGAAAGCCAAAGAAAAGGCCAAGAAACUGGCAGACGAUGCCAGCAAAAAUGACGAAAAUGACAAUGUCGUUCACUCUCCUGCACUUGGUGAGUGUUUAGAGGAGAUUGGAAACAUUACGGAAGAAGAAAGAGAAGAACCAGAAAGAGUUGGAAGAUAUGCCCUAGAAAACGAUGAACAGGAUUUUCUGGGUCCUUCCAUCAAGGAAGAAGUGUUUUCUGACAUCGAAGAAGGAGAGAUUGUUGAUGAAAAUGGGCAUGCGUCUUACCAAAAUUGUGGACCCACUGGGAAUUUCCAGCAAUGUCAAGACUUUGAAGCUGGAAGUAGUAAUGUCCUCCCCUUGAAUCUGACCAAUCCUAACAAUAUGGAUUAUGGUUAUGAUGAUCCUGAAACGCCUUUCCAGGUUCAAUGUCAUAUCUGUGGUCAGUAUUACAAGACAAGGCAGAACUUGAGCAUUCACAUGCGAAUCCAUACAGGUGAGCGUCCUCACUCCUGCUCCAUCUGCUUUAAGAAAUUCAUCCAACCCCAUCACCUGAAAGCCCACCUGAAGUCAAAACACGACAUCGUCAUGGUAACCCCAAGCAGGCCAAUCAGACAAGAAGAGAUCAUCAUGACCCAAGAAGGGAUCCGCUACAAGUGCCAGUACUGCCCCAAGCUCUUGUCCUCUAAGAAUGGUCGCCAGAAGCACGAGCGAUGGCACCUGGGAUUGAGGCCACACAAGUGUGAUGCAUGUGGGAAGGCAUUCAAACAGAGUCACCAUCUCAAGAGGCACAAGGCAGGAUCUGCCUGCAUCCCCCUGGACAAACAACCUAUCAAACAAGAGAAUCCGUCCCCUGAGAAGCCACCUUUACCUCAGUCACCUCCUAACCACCAGUCUUCUCCUCGGACAGCUAUGUCACUAGUUCGCGUAGCUCUACCAACUCUGCCCAAAGACUCUGCAGUUAUAGAAGCACUUCCUGGGCAGUUACCAUCAGAAAGAAUCCCUAAUAACUUUGAAACAGCAGAUGAGAUUCCUCCUCAGGGUUACAGGGGUGCAACUCCGGAGUCUGUUGAGGACAUGACACCUCAAGACCUCUCUAUGCCUUCAACUAAAUUGAUAGAUCUGCACUGUUAUGAGUGAUCUCAGCUACAAAUCUUACCAAAUUAGCCAGUGAAAGCUACAAACUGUCACACACUACCUACCAAAUUGCCAAUUUGAAAUUUACAACAUAUUAAGGAUCUUGGUUUUCAAACUUUCAACAUCUUUUUUUUCUCCUAAUUUGUUUCAUGCAUCAUAUCAAUCAUUUGUUGGGUUUCCCCUUUUAACAUCUGAAUCACCACCCGAAUGAUGUAUGUUCCUGAUAAUUUUCAAUGGGCUAAAGUUGUGGGUAAAAACUGUUUUAAAGACUUUAUAUAACCCUAAUUCUUAAAAAAAACUUCCAAGGGAAAAGAAAUUGACGAGGCUGCACACUUUUUGUUACAAAGGCGAAGUAUUUUAUUGAUAUCAGUAGGUAGUGGGUAGGGUACAG